AUGGGUUCGAUAGACACACAGACGGGUACAGAGAACGGCUCAACCCCAAUCCCAAUUCCUGAUGCCCAGCUCGCCGUCGGCGGCCACGGAUCUGUGCUACCAUCGGCGUCAGAAUAUGCCGGUACGAAGACGGAAAACGACGCAUCUAGGAAGAGGAAAGCGAGUAUGCUACCUCUCGAGGUCGGUACUCGCGUCAUGUGCCGUUGGAGAGACGGAAAGUUUCAUCCAGUAAAAGUCAUCGAACGGCGCAAAGUGCAGUCGGGCGGUGCCAAUGAUUACGAGUACUACGUUCACUACACCGAGUUCAAUAGGAGGCUUGAUGAAUGGGUUAAACUUGAACAACUUGAUCUCAAUUCAGUGGAGACUGUUGUAGAUGAAAAGGUGGAGGACAAGGUGACAAGCUUGAAAAUGACACGCCACCAGAAACGUAAGAUAGACGAGACACAUGUAGAGGGCCAUGAGGAGCUUGAUGCUGCCAGCUUGCGUGAACAUGAAGAAUUUACAAAAGUGAAAAAUAUAGCAACCAUAGAACUUGGAAGAUAUGAGAUUGAGACGUGGUACUUCUCCCCCUUUCCACCAGAGUACAAUGACUGUUUGAAGCUGUACUUCUGUGAGUUCUGCCUCAAUUUCAUGAAGCGGAAAGAACAGCUUCAGAGGCAUAUGAAAAAAUGCGAUCUUAAGCACCCCCCUGGUGAUGAAAUAUAUCGGAGUGGUACCCUGUCAAUGUUUGAGGUUGAUGGCAAAAAGAACAAGGUUUAUGGACAAAAUCUUUGCUAUCUCGCAAAAUUGUUCCUUGAUCACAAGACCCUCUAUUAUGAUGUUGACUUGUUUCUGUUUUACGUGCUCUGUGAAUGCGAUGAUCGAGGAUGCCACAUGGUUGGAUACUUUUCCAAGCAGUUGCCAUGCUGUUAUGCUAUGAAUGAUUAG